CGGACAGGAGAUGUUGGUUCUGGUUCUGGUUCUGGUCGUUGUGCUUCAGUUUGAAGGAACCAGAGGAGGAGAAAUUCAUCUCUAUCACAGAGAAGGAGAAAAUGUUGUUCUACCUUGUAACAUUCCCGCAUCGUCUUACCAAUGCUCCAAUGUUAACUGGUUUUACAACAAGGGUAAAAAUACAAAUACUCAGCAGAAGGUUUUCAAAGGAAGAGUUAUUCAGAGUUUACCUCCGUAUGACAAGUUUAAUGUGAGCAGCAGCUGCUCUCUGACCAUCAACACCAUCACUGCUGAUGAUGCUGGAAGAUACACCUAUAGACCUGGUUCAGGAACCUCCUCAGAUCAUUUUGUCUAUCUGAAUGUUUUAACCAUUUCAAACGAAUUUUCAACAAAGGAUGAUUUUGCAUUAGAGUGUUCCCUGGAGAGAUACAGUGGGUUGGAUGUUUGUCCAGAGAACAGUUUCCGCUGGUUGGAUGAACAGGAACUGAACUGACUGAAGGUGUUUGUUUCGACUUAAGAGGACCGAGACUCUGUGUUUCCUCUCUAACUGUGAAGAAUGAGAGCGACACCAGCAGAAACUACACCUGCCAGUUUGUUGAAGGAAACAGAGUGAAGGCUGAAGAUCACUACACAAGUGAGGUUAAAGGAGUUGUCACAACAGAACAAGUCCAUCUCUACCACAAAGCUGGAGAUGAAGCUGUUCUGCCCUGUAACAGACCUUCAUCAUCAUCAUGUUCCUCUGUUAACUGGCUUUAUAAGAGAAAUGAAGACAUGAAAUAUCAACAGGAAGUUCAGAGAGGAAUCGUUCAGAGUUCACCUCGUUCUGCCAGGCUGAGUUUGGACAGAAUCUGUUCUCUGAUCAUCAACAACAUCACAGCUGAGGAUGCUGGACGUUACCGCUGCAGAUAUAAUGCAUAUGUUUAUCUAAACAUGCUGAUCAUCUCCUCAUCUCCUACUGUUGAUCCAACAAAGAAUGAAGACGUAACAUUAUUCUGUUCUCUGUUGAGAUACAGAUCAUCAGGUUCUUGUCCAGAUAAAAGUCUCCUCUGGUUGAACGAAACAGGAAGUGAGCUGACUGAAGGUGAUGGAUAUAAAUCUGGAGGACAGACUGGUUGUGUUUCUCUUCUGACUGUGAAUCUUCAGAGCAGCAGAAGAUUCACCUGCCAGUUUGUUGAAGGAAACGAAGUGAAGAUAGAAGCUCAGUAUGGAUCUGAAGGCCCCCCCGCCUCGUCUCCUCUGAGCUUCAUCAUGUUGACUCUGAAGAUCACAGGACUGAUCCUGAUGGUUGGAAUCACUGUUGGUAUCAUCAGAACCAGAGGGAGAAAAAAGCCUCAGAAAGACAUUAAUGUUCGUUUUGCUGUUGAUGACGACACAGUGACCUUUGAAAAUGAUGGAGAACGUUCUGCUGCCGCCGCGCUCCACUGAGCUUCAUCACAUCCAUGAAGAUUCAUUAAAAAAGCUUCAUUUUAACUGUAAACCAGUCCAAAAGGAUAUUUUGCAUUGAGUUAACUGCAUAUGUAAUUUUAAUUGUGUUAAAUUCAGUGUUGAUUAAAAACACCGUAGAUAAGAUAAAAGCUGAUUGUUUAGUCUAGAAUAGUUUGGGAUAAGAUGCUUUAAAUGUGUUGUUUGCUUCCUGUUUGGUGUAAAUAAAAGAUUUGUCACAUAU